UGAGGUUGUUGCCGGUGUCGCCCCAGGGGUAAGGUAAGGGGCUGGAGGCGAACCCGAGACCGAGCGGCUUCGCGUCGACCCUGGCUUCUCUCUUCUCACCUGCCGGCCCCCAGCACCUUCAGAAUGACGCUGGACGUGGGGCCGGAGGAUGAGCUGCCCGACUGGGCCGCGGCCAAAGAAUUUUACCAAAAGUACGACCCUAAGGACGUCAUUGGCAGAGGAGUGAGCUCCGUGGUGCGCCGUUGCGUUCAUCGAGCUACUGGCCAUGAGUUUGCGGUGAAGAUCAUGGAGGUGACAGCUGAGCGACUGAGCCCCGAACAGCUAGAGGAGGUGCGAGAAGCCACGCGGCGAGAGACGCACAUCCUUCGCCAGGUCGCCGGCCACCCCCACAUCAUCACUCUCAUCGAUUCCUACGAGUCUUCUAGCUUCAUGUUCCUGGUGUUUGAUCUGAUGCGGAAGGGAGAGCUGUUUGACUAUCUCACAGAGAAGGUGGCCCUCUCAGAAAAGGAGACCAGGUCCAUCAUGAGGUCUCUGCUGGAAGCAGUGAGCUUUCUCCAUGCCAACAACAUUGUGCACCGAGACCUGAAGCCCGAGAAUAUUCUCCUAGAUGACAAUAUGCAGAUCCGACUUUCAGAUUUUGGGUUCUCCUGCCACUUGGAACCUGGCGAGAAGCUUCGAGAGUUGUGUGGGACCCCAGGGUACCUAGCACCAGAGAUCCUUAAAUGCUCCAUGGAUGAAACCCACCCCGGCUAUGGCAAGGAGGUCGACCUCUGGGCCUGUGGGGUGAUUUUGUUUACACUCCUGGCUGGCUCACCGCCAUUCUGGCACCGGCGCCAGAUCCUGAUGUUACGCAUGAUCAUGGAGGGCCAGUACCAGUUUAGUUCACCCGAGUGGGAUGACCGUUCCAACACCGUCAAAGACCUGAUCUCAAAGCUGCUACAGGUAGAUCCUGAGGAGCGCCUGACAGCUGAGCAAGCCCUCCAGCACCCCUUCUUUGAGCGCUGUGAAGGCAGCCAACCCUGGAACCUCAGCCCCCGCCAGCGGUUCCGGGUGGCAGUGUGGACAGUGCUGGCUGCCGGACGAGUGGCCUUAAGCACCCAGCGUGUCCGGCCGCUGACCAAGAGUGCACUGUUGAGGGACCCUUACGCGCUACGGUCAGUGCGGCGCCUCAUCGACAACUGUGCCUUCCGGCUCUAUGGGCACUGGGUGAAGAAGGGUGAGCAACAGAACCGAGCAGCCCUCUUCCAGCACCAGCCUCCUGGGCCUUUUCCCAUCAUGGGCCCCGAAGAAGAGGGGGACUCAGCUGCUAUCACCGAGGACCAUGCCAUGCUGGCACUGGGCUAGCACCUCGGCCCAGAAAGCAGGACUCUCCCAGAGGAGGAUUUUUAUCAUUCCAGCCCUUAUGGGCUCUGGCCUCAGGCCCCCCUGCCUGGCCAUGCCCGCCACCGACUGUACGACCAUAAAGACCAGCCCUAUACGCCUGCCCCCCCAAGAGCCAGGACUUUGGGAUCAGAGCUGAGGUGGAGGGUGCUGCUGCUUGCAACACCACGCCUGGCCUGGUCAGUGCUGCCUGUGCUGCACCUGCAAUAAAAUCUGCUGCACACCCGA